AUGCUGGAUGCUGAUGAUGAGCCACGGCAGGAACAAGAGUCGGUGGGCGUCGGGGGUAAACUAGAGGAGGGGGAAGAGAAGAGAGAAGCGAAAAGAAGGAAGCAGAAUAAGGACCAGGAUACGUAUAGUAUCAAGGAAAUAAAUACGAAUCACAAACAAAAAGAUGAAGAUCGGAGGAAGGAAAGUGGACUCACUGCGUUAAAAGAGAGUGGAGGAAAAGGCUGGACAGUGGACAUGGCACCAGUAGUUAUCAAGUCUGUUUUGCCAUUAUCUCAGCUCUGGUUUGUGAUUUACACAGUCUGGCUGGGGCUAGAGCUCGUUUGGGGCGGAGAUGGUCCCAACGGUCGGCGGAGAGGAGAGGAAAGGGGGGCAGCACGUCCGAAACGACUGGGAAGCAGGAUGUGCACAGUCUGGGGUAUUAAUCAUGCCUACGUGAGAUUGGGCACGCUCUCAGACAGCAGUCAAAAGCAACGAUCGAAACUCAGGUUAGUCUCAGCAGCUCAGAGUCAUGACGGUCAGUCGAGAACUUGGGGUGUGGACAGAGCGGAGCCUCGCAGACGACAGCAAUCAACUAGCGUUAAGGCGGAUCCCACUUGGAGGGGGAGAAGUGGCUUGUGGUGGGGAGGGGGAAUCUCGAUGGUGACCGGUGCUGAAGUGCCAGAGACCAAUAAGGAGCUGGAAGCCACGGGCUGGAUGGAAGCUCGAUGA